AUGCCAGCUUCUGAUGUUUUCGACGACGGCUUUGCAGUUCAGGCCGUGGUACUUGCCUUGAUAAUGAGCCUCCCAAGCGUGACUUUCUUUAUCCAGCUGUGGCCCCAGGUCAGGUGUAUGAUGCUGAUGAGCAAUGCCGUUUCCAAUAUGGAGCAACAUCCCGCCAAUGUAAAUAUGGGGAAGUGUGUAGAGAGCUCUGGUGUCUCAGCAAAAGCAACCGCUGUGUCACCAACAGUAUUCCUGCAGCUGAAGGAACACUCUGUCAAACUGGGAAUAUUGAAAAGGGGUUUACAGAUAAGAAAAUGGAGAUCCAGAGAAAUUAAACAAUUUGACCCAUCAUCACUAACAUUAUAUCAGUGGUGUUAUCAGGGAGAUUGUGUUCCUUUUGGCACUUGGCCCCAGAGCAUAGAUGGGGGCUGGGGUCCCUGGUCACUAUGGGGAGAGUGCAGCAGAACCUGCGGGGGCGGCGUCUCCUCAUCCCUAAGACACUGUGACAGUCCAGCACCUUCAGGAGGUGGAAAAUAUUGCCUUGGGGAAAGGAAACGGUAUCGCUCCUGUAACACAGAUCCAUGUCCUUUGGGGGCCCGAGAUUUUCGAGAGAAACAGUGUGCAGACUUUGACAAUAUGCCUUUCCGUGGAAAGUAUUAUAACUGGAAACCCUAUACUGGAGGUGGGGUGAAACCUUGUGCAUUAAACUGCUUGGCUGAAGGUUACAACUUCUACACUGAACGUGCCCCUGCCGUGAUUGAUGGGACUCAGUGCAAUGCGGACUCACUGGAUAUCUGUAUCAAUGGGGAAUGCAAGCAUGUAGGUUGUGAUAAUAUUUUGGGAUCCGAUGCUAGGGAAGAUAGAUGUCGAGUCUGUGGAGGGGAUGGAAGCACAUGUGAUGCCAUUGAAGGGUUCUUCAAUGAUUCGUUGCCCAGAGGAGGCUAUAUGGAAGUAGUGCAGAUACCAAGAGGCUCUGUUCAUAUUGAAGUCAGAGAAGUUGCCAUGUCAAAGAACUAUAUUGCUUUGAAAUCUGAAGGAGAUGAUUACUAUAUUAAUGGCGCCUGGACUAUUGACUGGCCUAGGAAGUUUGAUGUUGCUGGGACAGCUUUUCACUACAAGAGACCAACUGAUGAACCAGAAUCCCUGGAAGCCCUAGGUCCCACCUCAGAAAAUCUCAUUGUCAUGGUUCUACUUCAGGAACAGAAUUUGGGAAUUAGGUAUAAGUUCAAUGUUCCCAUCACUCGGACCGGCAGUGGAGACAAUGAAGUUGGCUUUACGUGGAAUCAUCAGCCUUGGUCAGAAUGCUCAGCUACUUGUGCUGGAGGUGUCCAAAGACAGGAGGCGGUGUGUAAAAGAUUGGACGACAGCUCUAUUGUCCAGAAUAAUUACUGUGACCCUGACAGUAAGCCACCUGAAAAUCAAAGAGCCUGCAACACUGAGCCCUGCCCACCUGAGUGGUUCAUCGGGGAUUGGUUGGAGUGUAGCAAGACUUGUGAUGGUGGGAUGCGCACAAGGGCAGUGCUCUGCAUCAGGAAGAUUGGACCUUCUGAGGAGGAGACACUGGACUACAGCGGCUGUCUAACACACCGGCCUGUUGAAAUGGAGUCCUGCAACAACCAGUCAUGUCCGCCUCAGUGGGUGGCUUUGGAUUGGUCAGAAUGCACUCCCAAAUGUGGUCCAGGAUUCAAGCAUCGGAUUGUUCUGUGCAAGAGCAGUGACCUCUCUAAAACAUUCCCAGCAUCACAGUGUCCAGAAGAGAGCAAACCCCCUGUCCGUAUCCGCUGCAGUUUGGGCCGCUGCCCUCCUCCUCGCUGGGUGACUGGAGACUGGGGCCAGUGUUCCGCUCAGUGUGGCCUUGGACAGCAGAUGAGGACUGUGCAGUGUCUGUCCUAUACUGGACAGGCGUCUAGUGACUGUCCAGAAACUGUUCGGCCUCCAUCGAUGCAGCAGUGUGAAAGCAAAUGUGACAGUACCCCCAUUUCCAAUACUGAAGAGUGCAAAGAUGUGAACAAAGUGGCAUAUUGCCCGCUGGUGCUCAAGUUCAAGUUCUGUAGUCGAGCAUACUUCAGACAGAUGUGUUGUAAGACCUGCCAAGGACACUGACCCGUGGAGAGCCAGAGAGGGAGCCUUGUCAUUUCAUCGUGGAAAUGCGUCCAUCAAAGAGAGCCACCCAGAGGAAGAGGAUUGAUGUCCUUGCAAAUGCAUUACCCUGUGGAAAACGUAACCACUGGUCAGCCCUAGCUGACAGGAUUUCAAUAUUAUUUUAACUUCUGUGAAGUGGGAUUUAUUGAUCCAAAGUGCUGGACACGGUAUUAGGAGGGAAUGCCAGAUCGGAGAGAUCCAAACAACACAGGGAGACUUGCUUACUGUGGAGCGUUUGUGUUCUUUCGAGUAAAUCCAAUAGCCUGUUUACCUCCUUGGACCAUUAAGAUAAUUUUUUUUUAUGGACUUAGCAAUGACACUGAAUCCAUUUGUAUUUAAAACUGUUUAAAAUGUAGCUGUUAUGACUUGGUCAACUAUGGAAGUAAAGAAGAUUCAGAAAUCUUAAGUCCUAGCUUAAAAAUAUUUACUAUACUUUAUCUCAAUACAACAGCACCACAAUUUAAAUUCUAAAACGGGCUUUUAACUGUAAUUUAAGGAGCAAUUAUAAAUCAAAAGUAAUGAAAGUUUGUAUUAUUUUUCUUCAUUCCACUUAAUUUCCUUAGGACUAAUCCCCCUGUUCUGAACACUGCUGUGAGCCAUAUAUAAACUAUAUUAACCGAACAACAAGGAAGGACUCAGUUUAAGGCAGCGCAUCAGUUACUGCGGCCAUGCAAGUCUAUAAAUUCUGUGCUAAGAGACUGGGGCCAAUUUGCCAUUGUGCAAGUGAAGCUGAGAUUUCCAUUAAAACUUUAAGGGAAAAACAUUUCAGUUUCAUGCAGAAGCCAGACCUGGGGUAUGGUAGACACUGAAGAACCAGGCCCUUUGCUGCCAUCACACAGGAUGCCUGAGUCCUUAUGUGAGUCACCCCAGCUCAGUUGUGUUUACAACCUCACCGGCCACAGAACAGCUUCUGCCCCGUUGGAUUGCUGCACGCAUGUUGAGCUUACUGAAAUGAUGCCGUGCAAAAGAUAGACUGGCUCGGCAACAACCAAGCGGACCCUUUCGCUGACAAUUGUGAUGGGUUCCAGAUGUCCCUUCUUUGAUAUGGCAGAAGGGCAUUUAUUUAUAUGAGAGCAAGUGUGUGUGUGUGAGCGGGCGCUUUUGAGUGUGUGGGUAGAUGAGUGUGCUUGCACAUAAAUGUGCUAUUUCUGUGAGUUUUUAAAGUAGGCAAGGGAUAACAACCAAAGAAGAAAAACUCAUGAAGCCUAGAGAUCAUAAAGCAUAAUUUUAAUAGUCACUCAACCAACUAUUUUGUAUUUUUUUAUGGAUACUCUGAAUGGCAAUUAAAUGUGAAACCAAGUUUCUUGGACAAGUCAAAAAUCUAGAAUCAAAUCCAGAAUCCUAAAUUAAAUUGACUAGCUCUUAUUUUCCCUAUCCACAAGUUUCAUGUCAUGCUCAUCAAAAGAUUCAACAGAUUGAAAGAAAGCAAAAAAGAAGAGGGUACUUAUUUAUAUUUUGUACUUGAACACUUCUAGCUUGCAGCAGGUUCUUGAUGAAUGUGCUUUGUGUCCUACAUGGUGUGUACACCAUGCUACACCAACACCUCAAACUCCAACCAAAUGGCUACUUUGUAAAGAUGCUACUAGCAGUUAAAGAGUAUGUUCAACUUCAGUCCAUUACUGUGCUCUCAAACUACAUGUCCAGUGUUUCACCUACACCAUGACCUAAAGUAGAUGAUUAGGUCUUUUCAGAAAGGAAAAGAGACUCACAGACUCCAAAAACCAACCUAAACUUCAGGUUUGCUGUGGAUAGUCAGCACAGGCUGUUGUUCUGCACAGUCAGUCAUGGUCAUCCCUAUUUUCUCAUCUGCUUUCUGUCUCAACACCACAGCUCAUGUCCCUGGGCUUUCCACAGAAAGCUACUGACAAUGCCCAAAAAUUGCCAGGGCCACUCUCUAUACUGCUCUUAAGACCAGCCAGCAUGCCAUCCAUUCAGUGAAAGGGAGGCAGCCCAAGAGCAGUGUGCCCCCAGCUCUGAAUUCCCUUGGUCCCUUGCAAAGAGUGGUUAACUUGGUGCUAAUGUGCCCUGGUGGAAUAAAGGAUGGGUGGUUUCUGUGGCAUUUUAGGCAUAGGUUUGCCAUCAGGAUCUAUUUUUCCCCAAAUAUAAAUAUCAGCUCAUGUUUUUAUUCCAAAAAGAUUUCUUCCGUGACUAACUUGAGUCUGUUCUUCACCUCACCUGGAAACUAGCAUCAUGAGGACCGUUGCCCUGGGCCACCUUGACUGGCCCUAGAAGAAUGGGCAGCUAGUGUUCCCUCAGGAGGGUGCACCAGCCCUGAGGCCAGGAGUAGAGAGCUUCCAGGAGCAGCAUCGCAGCAUCGGAUUACUCUGCUAGAAGGAACCAAGCACAGAAUGUUUCCCCUGAGUAGGGAAACAAAUAAUUUUCUACAGCACGUCACAAUACCAGGGCUACUCUGUAGUCAGCCACGUGGCUACAUGAUGCUCUUUUCCUAAAUAAUAGCAGUAGGAUUGUCAGUGGUGGCUGAACCACCAUGGCAGGCCCUCCAAAAGUAGCGUGCUAUACGGACUACUUAGAGAGAUGCAAGGAAACUGAUGCCCUAUGGCUGAGAACAGUAUCUGCCACUGGCACAAAGUCCUGCCACAAAGUAAAGGUAAAAUCUACCCAAUUGAUUAAAGCCCUUGAGAUACAUACAACUUCCCAAGCCGUCCAUUUCAUUAGGAAUUUUAUUGGAGUGAAUGUCACAUAGGUAUCCUUAAUAAUACAGAAUGAAAUUGCCUUUGUAUUAUUGUGAUUAGUUGUUGCUUAUUAUUUUAUACUCAGUAUUAAUGUGGUACACUGUUACUUUUUUUUUUGCUUUUGUAAAUUAUAUUCUAAUUUAUUGCCAUGUUUCCUAACACUUGUCCUACAUUCAUUCUCCUGCUUGUAAUGAAAAUGAAAAAGUCAUUGUAACACUUGAUGGAGUGAAAUUCCACACC